AUGACCACAGAGUCGUCUGCCGUUUUUGUCGCGGUCCGGGUUCGUCCUUUCGGGCCGAAGGAGGAUCCAUUAUCAUGUACGAUCACAGUUCCUGAUAGUAAAACGAUUACUCUAACCGAUGUUCCAGCGCUUUUCAUGAAUAACAACAGCGGCAGUAGUGGUUCUCCGCCCUCGGGGGCUAAUAACAGUGGUUGGGGGAACUCCGGCGCGUCUCUUUUAUCCCAGGUAGGUGGUGGCUACACCAACAUCCCUAUUGAGCAUUCCUUUAGCUUCGACAAGAUAUUCUGGAGCGUCCCGGCGGAUGUGCUGCCGUUGUCCGUCUCGGGCAUCUCCGGCGAGCGCGGGAAUUUUUCCCUCCUCUCCUCACAUACGGCGUUUUCCCGCAUGGCGUCGACUUCUCAGGACCCUGCGGAGUCAUCGCUCGGGUUUCCCUUGAGCCGGCCUCCUAACGACGGGUUGUCGGUUUCUUCGCCAGUGGAUACGGGGUACCUUUCCUCCACCGCCUCGACUACGACUGGGAGAAAUCGAUAUGCGGCCUCGAUUUCAUCGGCCUUACCCCCGAAGCUACCCUGCUUGGCCUCGGCUCCGGCCUACGACAGUCAGGAGUCGGUUUACGACUUCAUCGGCCCCCGCCUCUACGAGGCGAUUAUGAAGGGCUUCAACGCCUGUCUCUUCGCCUACGGGCAGACCGGAAGUGGGAAAAGCUAUAGCAUGAUUGGGGAUACGGAGGUCUUUUCUGGCUCCGCGAUGUCGGUUUCCAAAAAACGACAACCACUUCUGGGAUCUGCGAGCAAUCCCGAGGAGGGCUAUGGGAUCAUCCCUCGUCUCAGUACGGAUUUGUUUCGGUGUAUGCGGGAAGAACGGGAAAGGGAUGAGGCGGUCUCGUACACAGUGGAGUUAAGCUUCUUAGAGAUUUAUUGUGAGAAGGUUAGGGAUUUGUUAGUCGGUCGCGGUGGCGUUAGUAGCAACCAGGGAAACUCCAGCUCGAGCACGGGCUCGCUGCGAAUUCGCCAGCACCCCAUCAAUGGGCCCUACGUCGAAGGCCUUUCACAGAUCCGUGUGCGUGAUGCAGAUAGCGUGAUCAAGAACCUCGCCAGCGGCAUGCGUGAUCGCGUCACGGCGGAGACGAAGAUGAAUGAGCACAGUAGCCGCAGCCACGCCAUUCUCCAGCUCAAAAUUACAAAGGUUACGGCAGUGUCGAACGAGGCCGGUGUAGUCCCCAAGACGUGCGUCUGCAAAGCAAGUUUAGUGGACUUAGCGGGUAGCGAGCGAGUUUCGCAGUCCGGUGUAGUUGGGACUCGAUUCGAGGAGACUAGGAACAUCAAUCUGUCGCUAUCGUGCCUAGGUCGUAUUAUUCAGCAGUUAUCAGAUAAGCAGUCCGGGAAGCAUGUCAUCCCCGCCUAUCGUGAGAGCGCGCUAACCUGGCUCCUCUCGGACAGCCUUGGUGGGAACAGCAAGACUAUCCUGCUCGCCACCGUAGCACCGAGUGCGUAUUGCCAUGCACAAACACUGAAUACCCUUCGCUUCGCAGGUGUCGCGAAGAGAAUUAUCAAUGUCGCGUCUGUUAACGAGGACCAACAUCUCGAGAAGCUUGUUUUGGAUUUACGUCGGCAAAUUGUGCGCCUAACGCUGCAGUUGGAAACCGGUAAGGCGGCGGAGGUUCACAUCGCCGAAAUCGAGUCCCUCAGGGCAGAACGAGAUGAACUCCGAAUCGAGAACAAAGCCCUGAAGGCUAAGGAGACCACCAAAGUAGAUAAUUCCGUCAUGCAGCUGUUGCGAAAACGAGUAGCGGAGCUUGAGGAGGAAAAUGGCAAACUACGUGGGGAAAAGGUCGAACUUGAGCAACGUUUCCUAACAUCCACAUCAAGUCUGCGUGAGGAGCUCUCCAAGAGCCGCGCGGAGCUGCUUAGUGUAAAAAGCGCCUAUGAAAAAGAAAUUAACCAGCCGGCGAAGCACCCCAGCACACAACAGCAACCUACUGAUAGCGGUGGUAUCAUGCUAGUUUCAGGUCUUGCGAUUCGCUCUAAGGGCAAAGGGACCGCAGGUCCUGGCUCCACCACCUCUGCAGAUUCAGCCCCAUUUUUAGAUCCUAAACAGCUGAAGCUGACCGAGGAUGUCUCGCGUCUUACUAAGCAAGUUCGGGCCCUUGAGCGGAGUCUUAAGGCUGCACAACAUUCCGCCUCGGAGGCAAAAGCCUCGGCGAAAGCCGCAAGGGAGGAGUGCGACAGCUAUCGUGUGCGCUAUGACGAGAGUAAACGUCAAUUAGCGUCUCUACACGAACGCAUGCAAAGUACGACGAGUUUGUUGGAAACCACGCAGUGUGAACUGGCGGCUGUGAAGGGUGUACUGCCCCCGGCUGCGGCGGGAGCGCAGAAGAACACACAAGAUAACGCCGCUUCCCUUGCUUCGCAGCUCUCCUCAACACGAGAGGACUACCUUAACGAGAAGCAAAACAACGUUCAGCUUCUACUUCGUGCCUCUCUCUUAGAGAAGGAACGCAACGAUUAUAGAAAUCUGGCUCGCGAGAAGUAUGCCGAUAUCAAUGAGUUGGAGUUGAUGUUACUGGAGGAGACGGAGAGCUCAGAGCGGUACUACCUCCGCAUGCGCUUCCAUCGCGCGAUGAGUGAACUUCAGCAAAGCUUUGCAAGAAAGUUGUGCUUUGAUGGUAUGGUGGCUGCCGGGAUCUAUCAAAAGAAGGGAAGGCAAUCCAACGAUUUUUCCCCGUCAUGUUUCCCUGCUUCCCUACCGCGAUAUUCUGUCAAGGAGAUAAGAGGCUAUACAAGUCAUGGUGUAACGCCUCGAUCAACGCUGACAAGCCUUAACCAGUCUGAAGGUGUUUUAACGGAAUUAGCAAUUCCCAACCAGCAGGGUCUCCAUAGUUCAUUGGAGCUCCUGAACACUCAACAAAAGUACGAGUGUCUUUUCGACGAGUCACAACACCGUGACCAGAUUGAACAGGAAUACUUUAAGAGCAUCAUCGGCCUGCUUUUGCAGCAGUCCCGCCUUCAACGAGAUCAGGUGUUGCAUCAGAGUGAAUUACUCACUGAAGUCCGUGCGCAGCUCGCCUUAGAAAGCGAUGACACGACUUUCAUCAAACAAAGGUUUAAAGAGAGAAACGAGGCGCUAGCGGAGAGCCGAGAAAGGCAGGCCGCCGCAGAAGAAGCUUUGCGUCUUAGCGAGGCGGAGAACAUGCGUUUAUCGAUAAAACUUAAGGCCGCCGACGACAGAGCCGCGGAUCUCGAGGAAAGCUUCAACACGGUGGUAGAAAAACUGGCGUCUUUGCAGAGUGCGUACAGCUCCAUGGAGGAACGGUGCCAUCUCGCAAUGAAGGCUGCCGCGGAGGCGCAGGGGGAGGUCCUGUCUGAUAGUGAAGGGAACCUGAGCAACGCCUCAAAGGAGGGACUUAGUACGGGAUCCUCAUGCGUAGCGAAAGAUGGCAGUCACACCGGUGACUUAAAACGGUACACCGAAGAAGAAGAAAUCGUAUUGGUGCCGAAUGCUGAAUCACUUCACAAGGCGGUGUCGGAUUCAGGGCCCCUAAGGGGAUUACUACAAAAGGAGUUGCAGGCCGCGUUAGAGAAAAACAAGCUCCUAGAAUCCCAGGUCGAGCAGCUUCACACCGAACUUGGGGUCGUGCAUGCCAAAGAAGAACGCACCGCCAACCUACACGCUGAGUAUCGCGAGCACCAGCAGCUCGAACAGGAUCUUCUCCGGAAGCAAAUAGAGAACCUAAACCGUUCGAACACAUAUUUGUUAUCCGAAAUAGACACUGUCGUGCGGGACUGUAAUCAGCGCGUGGAGCAGCAACAGGCCAUUGUCGCCAUGCUGCGUGACGCUCUCAACGAGGAAACCAGCACCGCAGACCGCCGCCAGGAAACGGUGCAUGUCUUAGAAAACAAGCUCCGCACGAUGCAGGAUAACUACACCGCUCUAACAGACCGCAACACGGAGGUCGAGCUUUCGUAUCGGUCGCUGGAGGUGCGGUAUGGUCACCUUCAACGGGAGUUGAACAAGCUGCAGGGGCAAUAUAGUGAGGUAAGGGACCAGCUGCUUGAGAUGGGCAACCGAGUGCCGGAGCUAUAUGUGCUGCUCGAGCGGGGAAUAUCUGAGGACACCGCCGCGUGGCUGGAAAAGAUCAAACGGGAGAAGGCGAACUUAGAACGUCAAAAGAAGGACGCCCAGAACCUCCGUAAAGAGCUCCUCGAGCACGUGCGAAUCCGUAAUUCCAACCUGCAGGAUGUCCAGCGGCAGCUGGAGGAGAUCGUGGAGACCUCUGCGUUCACAAACGCUGAAGUGUUAAGUACGGUGGCCUAUGGUGUUGAGGGAUCGCAAGCGACUGAUGUUACAAACCUUACGAUGAGUGAAGUCUCGAAUAUCCGAACCGAGACGUCGUUGACCAGCAUGGACGUCUAA